AUGGGCAGAGUCAGUGAGACCCAGAGAUUGGCAAGCAGUGAUGAAGUGGUAAGCAAUGUCGGUGUCUGGGUAGAGGUUUUGGAUGAUGAGUUGAGCCUGGAUUUGCCAUGUUCCUCAUCAUGCUGUGAAAGGAAUUGGAGCACCUACUUCUUUAUUCACUCCAUAAAAAGAAACAAAAUGACACCACAAUGUGCUGAAGAUUUGGUUUUUGUGCACAACAAUCUUCGUCUCCUAUCAAGGAGAAGUCGACAGUACAUUGAAGGAGAAUCCAAGUUAUGGGAUGUUGGUGGAGAUGCUUUUGAUUCAUUGGAGGGUGCAGGCUUACUUGAAAUUGCAAGUCUUUCUCUUGAUGAACCAGAUAUGGAAGCUGUGAUAUUUACUGAAGAUGAAGGGGAACAAGUUGAACCUAUUGAUGUUGAAGACUCUUAGUUCAUAGGAAUCUCUCUUUUUUUAUCAAGUUGUCUUUUGUUUUAAGUUUUAUUUUUAUGUAUGCUACAUUACUAAAAAUGCUUGAAGUUUUAUUUUAUGUAUGUUCUAUUACUAAAAAUUGUUGAAGUUUUAUUUUUGUGUAUUCUACAUUACUAAAAAUUGUGGAAAAAAAUAUUUUUUAUGAACGUAUCCCCGCCGUAUCCGUAUCCUACUUUUUCGAAUUUUGCCGUAUCGCCGUGUCCGUAUCGUGUCGUAUCCGUAUCCCGUAUCCGUAUCCGUGCUUCCUAGAUGACUCCUUAGAAAAUCCUUAAUAACACUCAUCUUUCUCCGAUAACCCAACCCCCUCACAUUCCAACUAAUAAUCUUCAUUGGGAAACACUUUCACCCCUAACCUCCUCUCGUAGUUAACUUUAUUUUCAAAU